UUGGCGUUCAUAGUGGAGGUGGACACUUCCAAGGCUGGGAUAGGAGCUGUGCUCUCUGUGCUCGGCUACGCCACCGAAACUCCUCGCCAGGCAAGGUGGGCCAUGUUUUUCACCCAUUUUGUGUUUACCCUCUCUUACAGAGCAGGCUCCCAGAACGUUAAGGCAGACGCACUGUCUCGGCUGUAUGACAUAGAGGAGUGGUCCAUGGAUACCACUCCAAUACUCCCAGCCUCUUGUUUGGUGGCGCCGGUAGUCUGGGAGCUGGACGCGGACAUUGAGCGGGUAUCACGUACAGAGCCCGUUCCCCCUCAGUGUCCAGCUGGGUGUCUGUACGUUUCGUCUGCUGUCCGCGAUCGGCUGAUCUAUUGGGCCCACACGUCACCCUCCUCUGGUCAUCCUGGGAUCGGUCGGACGGUGCGCUGCCUUAAUGGGAGGUACUGGUGACCCACUUUAGCUAAGGAAGUGAGGGUUUAUGCUUCCUCCUGCUCAGUGUGCGCCCAGUGCAUGGCUCCUAGAUACCUGCCCGGAGGUAAGUUACAACCCUUAACCGCUCAACAACGGCUGUGGUCGAAUUUUAGGUGUAUAGGUGUAGGUGAAUAUUAUAACCGAUCUCCUACCUUCACAGGGUAACACCACGAUCCUGGUCAUUGUGAUUGAUUGUUUUUCUAAGUCCUGUCGUCUCCUCCCUUUGCCCGGUCUCCCUACAGCCCUACAAACUACGGAGCCCCUGUUUACACACGUCUUCCGGCACUACAGGGUGCCUGAGGAUAUAGUGUCUGAUUGGGGUGACGACAAGCUACAAUUCACGUCAAGGGUUUGGAAGGCAUUCAUGGAACGUCUGGGGGCCUCGGUCAGCCUUACCUCAGGUUUUCACCCCGAGAGUAACUGGCAGGUAGAGAGAGUUAACCAGGAUGUGGGUAGGUUUCUGAGGUCUUAUUGCCAGGACCAGCCGCGGGAGUGGGCCCUGGGCAGAGAUGGCACAGAACUCACUACGCCACUCCUCCACUAACCUUUCUCCAUUUCAGUGUGUAUCGGGGUAUCAGCCGGUUCUGGCUCCUUGGCAUCAGAGUCAGACAGAGGCUCCUGCGGUGGACGACUGGUUCCGGCGUGCAGAGGAAACAUGGGACGCCGCCCACGUCCACCUUCAGCGCGUCGUACUGCGCCAGAAAGUUGGCGCAGACCAUCACCGUAGUGAGGCCCCGGUGUUCGCACUGGGGGAUAGGGUCUGGCUCUCAACCCGAAACCUGCCCCUCCGCCUGCCCUUCCGGAAGCUGGGUCCACGGUUUGUGGGUCCUGAGGAGAGUGAACGAGCUGUAUGAGUGUAUCUCAGAAUGGCUGACUAUGUGAAGCUGGAUGAGGAGAAGUUUAUCCCAAAGUCAGACAUCUUGUCUCUGCUCAGGACCUACAACUGUUACCAUGAGGGGAAGAGCUUCCAACUCCGACACAGAGAGGAGGAGCAAGCGCUGGUCGUCGAGGGGUUGUUGAAUAUCUACUGGGGUCUGCGGCGACCAAUCAGACUGCAGAUGCACGACGACAACGAGAGACUCCACUACGGAGGGGUCAACAGGAAUGAGAGAUCCCAGGUUCUUCCAAAGCAGACAGAAUCUAACAACAACAUACUCGACAGAACUACUGACCCUGCCUUGACCAGUAGUCUGGAGGAGGACGAUGAGGAGGUCCCCCAGCUGCUGCGAACCAGGAGUGAUGCCUCCUUCAUGGGGGUCACCAGAAGGUCAAAGACACACGCACACUCCGACCUGCAGCACUUACGCUCACACAGAUUCUCCAUCAAUGGACACUUCUAUAACCACAAGACAUCAGUAUUUACUCCAGCGUUCGGGUCGGUCACUAACGUCCGAGUCAACAGCUCCAUGACAACACUACAGGUCCUCAACCUGCUGCUACAAAAGUUCAGAGUGGAGAAUAAAUCAGAUGAGUUUGUUCUCUACAUGGUCCACGAGUCUGGUGAAAGAACCCCAUUGAAGGACAGUGCGUAUCCUCUGGUGUACCGUGUGCUUCAUGGACCCUGUGAGAAGAUCUCCAAAAUCUUUAUUAUGGAGACGGAUCUUGGGGAGGAGGUCACACAUGACGUGGCUCAGUACAUUAAUUUUGAGAUGCCAGUCCUGGAUAGCUUUGUAGAGAAACUGAAAGAGGAAGAGGAGAGAGAGAUUUCUAAACUGACCAGAAAGUACAGCGCACUGAAGUCCAUGAUUCUACAGCAGCUGGAGGGCAUCACUGACACUACUGACCGAGUCUGAGUCUGAGUCUGAGUGUGUGUGUGUGUGUGUGUGUGUGUGCGUGCGUGCGUGUGUGCGUGUUCACCGGACCAUUACACUGUUACAGUGAGAGGAAGUCAAGCGGAUUGUUUGAGCACUGAGACCUUUCUUCAUGUACAACUACAGUUGAACCAUAGCAUGUAUAGCUUUUUCUAGUAAUGAAAACUACAGACAUGUUGAAAGCUUUCUACCGUAGUGAAUGUAAUGUAAACAGCAAUAAGAAUGCAAUACUGCCACAUCUUGCAUCAAUGUUUGUCACUUCGCAAAUGAACUGUAUUCAUAGAAUUUGUAACUUUUUUGCUACUGUAUUGUCUAUGAUUGAAUACUUUCCAUUGAUCUUGUUGUUUACUAUCGUUGGUAAAAUACUGAUUCCUGUGUGUCUUAGAGGUCAAGGUCUUCUAAAACUGAGCUUUCCUCGAAAGGCAACAUUUCCGUCAAGGCCAAUUUCUAAUUUAGCAACUGUAACAGAUUAUGAGAGAGCUACAGGGCGUGCAGGCUUUUUUUCCCCUAUGCUACAGGUUUCUGCAGGGUUAGCAGACCUGUUAGGCCCAUACUGUAUUUUACCACACAGAUACAACACACACACACACCUCAUUGUUCUCCCACAGAAAGGGGUAAAGUUGUUUCCAGGGUGACUGAAGCAGAGUUAGUAUUGUUCUGAGAGUGAGUGACCCUCUCCACCUGUGUGUGUGUGUGUGUGUGUGUGAGAGAGAGAGAGAGAGAGAGAGAGGUGUCACGCCAGUCCUUUAUUCUGUUACAGUAGUUGAAUCAGAACAGACUGUUUACAGGAUGUAUGUCUCUCUCAUCAGAGAGGUUAGAGGUUUUGUUCCAUUCUGUUCUAAUAAAUACUGUAACUCUAAUAGGACUUGGACUCCUGCCAACCUGUGUGUGUGUGUGUGUGUGUGUGUGUGUGUGUGUGUGUGUGUGUGUGUGUGUGUGUGUGUGUGUGUGCGUGUGUGUGUGUGUGUGUUAGAGAGAAAGUAUUGGCUAGCCCAUCAGGGUUAUACAGCAGGGGUGUGGGGAUAACAAAUAUUACCACAAACACAAAGCAUUCCACUGUAUGUAAAAAAAGAGUUUUAGUUUUAGUUUGCAAUUAUAUACAGUUGAAAAAAAAUGACAGUUUGGAUUCCCUUUUCAAUGGUUCAUCACACAAUGGAGACACGUGUGAAAGACAGAAAAUAAAAAAGUGUUGUCAUAUUUAGCAGCGGCAGCUUGAGGAAGCUGCAGGGUUAACUCCAGUGUAGAUAACCAGCACCUUUGUUCAACCAUCCUUAUCUUGAGAGAUCACAGUAUUAUUACGCUCCAUAUUGUUAUUAUGCAAUUUUUCUGCAUUUAGUAUUAAACAGUAGUGUGGUCUGGUGCCAAAUUAACGUUGUAUUUGAAGAAUAUAAUAGAAUAUAGUGAAUAGAAGUAUCCACAUACAGUCACCAUAUUCAGUGUUUUGGGGAAAGUAGAGUAGUCAGAAAUCAACCAGACACAUUGAAUUAUUGAUGACUGCGCGAUAGGUCUGACAUAUUGGAAUUAUCCUGACCCCAUUGACAGUCUGAGAGAGGAAUAAAUCUGUCCACAAGGUUUUACUAGGCCCUAAAUCGGACCUUCGCCCCUCUCCUAGCUACCAUCAAAGAUAUUUAUAACUAACCUUAAUUGCUCCUUGUUCUAUCUGAAAAAUUUACAACUGAAACACACGACCAGGAACAAACACGUUCCUCUACUACAGAGCCGAAGGUCACAAUAAUUAAUCAAUCCCGCACAACAAACAGGCAGGCCGGCUGUCUAAUAAAGCCCAAAGAAUCAUUUACAAACAGGUGCUACCAAUAAACAUGCAAGGAGGGGGAGGAAAGACAAUCAGUGGCAGCUAAUAGGCCGGUGACGACGACCGGGAAGGGAAGCCACCCUCGGUCUGACUCGUGACAGAUAGCCUCAAUGGCGCUUCCCAUUCUGUCACAGGUUCUAUAAUGGCACAGCUACAAAGAUGAGACCUCUAUCUAUCUCUAUGACAUAGUCAAAAAAUCCUAUAGGAUUAUGAUUUUAAAAAUCCUAUCAGAUUUUAAAACCUUUCCUAUAGGAUUUGAUCCUAUCCUAUAGGAUAGAACCUACCCUAUACAAUUGUAUCUAGAAUAGGACUGGUUCCGAAAUCUGAUAGGAUUUUCUUUUGGAUACUAAUAAGAUGUUUUAAUUGGAAUCCCAUUGGAUUUUUGGACUAGGGUAAAAAAAAAAAAAAAGUAUGGAGAUUGGAGUUGUUUUGACUGGGCAGAUGUAAGUACAGAUCAGGAGACCGAUAUAGAGAGGGGUACAGAAAGUGGUUAACGGCACACACGGGUGGUACAGGGUUACAUUUUCCUCACCUUGUCCCAACAUAAAGAGGGUAAAGGGAACAUUCCAUUUUUUUGUAGGCAUAGCUGACUAUUAUACACUGCUCAAGACAAAUAAAGGGAACACUUAAACAA